UGUAUAUUUGAGAGCUGUGUGUUUUUUUUUUUUUUGCCGAAAAUAAACAAACAAACAAAUAAACAAACAUGGCGAAGUUUGAGUAUUUACAUGCGUUUUUUACCGAGCGUCUGUUAGCGGUUGCGGGAGAAUUAUUUCAGGUAGUUACAGACAUUAUCACUGAGUAUCAAGAGGAAACAGACCGGACCAGACAGGAAAACGUCUUUCUGAGGAAAAUGCUAACAGCAGAGCGGCUGUCUAACGGACGAGAUGAUUCGACUAAUCAUGCAGUUCCCCAGGAGCUCCCAAACAUCUCUCAUGGACCACUGGAUUCAAGUUCGUCAGUAAUGCAAGUAAAAGUUGAGUUGUCUACAACAAAACAUGACCCGGUGCCUCCGGACUCAAUGAGUGAGCCUUCGAUUGCGACUUCACCGCACCAUUUCUCAGGGAAGACUACUCAUGAGCAAUUAGAUGAUGAUUGCCUUCAAAACAACUCAGAGGUCAAGAUCAAAUUAGAGCCAAGGGAUUCACAGAUCAUCAUAUCUGAUGACUCAAACCCUGCCACGCAAACUGAAAGCAUAACUGACUAUAAUCUGAUGGGUUUAAGAGACGAUCAAGACGAUCCCGAUCCUUCUACGCAUGAAGCACUGCAUGGCGAGAUAACUGAUAAAAUAGUUUACUGCCAAUAUUGUGGAAAGCCUUUCGGAAACCGCGGACAGCUGAAAAGGCAUUUGGUCGUGCAUCAGAAAGACAGACCAAGGCCGUAUCGCUGUGACUUGUGCGGAAAGAGCUACUCCUAUGCACAAGUGCUUGAGGUCCACCGUAGGACUCAUACAGGGGAAAGGCCGUAUCACUGUAAAUUUUGCGGUAGGCGUUUUAAUCAGAAAGGUCACUUAAAGGAGCAUGAAAGAAUUCACACUGGCGAGAAACCUUUCGGCUGCCCGAUUUGUGGGAAACGAUUUAUUCAGUCUAGUCAAGUUAGAAAACACGUCAGUUAUCACCAUCCUCCAGUACAACUAUCAUAAAAGCAAUAAGGUAGCAAAUUAAGGGUUACUGUAUUAAACUGUUUUAUGCUGUGUUCAAGCGACAAGGCCUGUAAGUAAAGCCUUCAUAAGCAAAGGAAAAAACAAAACCUUGGAUUAGCUGAAAGUAUACCAGGUUCACCAUUUUCACCUUUAUUGAGUGACCUAGGCUGUUGACUUUUUCUUAGUGUGUCUACGUAGUGGUCAAGGUUUUAUAUGUGAGAUGUUUUAUUAUUUAUUUAUAUUUUAUUUAAAUUAAUUAGCCAUAAAAAGAAAGAUUUCCAUAUAUCACAUUCUUAGUGCAUUUGAUGUCUUCUUACAAUACAAGAAUUCAGAUUAGAGACAUCAGCUUAUAAGAAAAUAAAGGUUAUACUUCCAGCCUGUUAGAAUUGCUUUAAACAAGUUUACCUCUGUCAUGUCCAUCGUGCCUUUGCUCUUUGUAUAUGAAAUUUAAUGAAAGGCUUUUUGCUUGUAGUAAUGGUUUAUCUUGAAUCAUUUAAGAUGACAACAAAUGUCUUAGAUUGUGUACUCGUUUUAUUUGUGCGUCAUUCUAAUUACGGGUGAAAAUCAUAAGCCCUGUCUACAUGUAAAAAAUUAUAAUUUUGAGGUGGGGGAUAUUUGUAUACAUGGACAUGGAUUAAUUUGGACACUGGAUGGGAGUAAGGAUAUAAAAUACAAAGUUGUCAAAACUAA